AUGCCACGACCAGCUCUACUGCCAGCUGAUCAUCCACUGGCAUAUUCUUAUGUCGAGCCAGCCAGUAGGCUCCAUCGGGCAUCGCCGUACAGCAUUAAGGAUCAAGUGCAUUACAUGUUUGAGCGACAGAACAUCACAGAUUUACUCAACAACUAUGCAUACACGUUGGACGUGUGCAUGGUGGAUUCAUCGGCUGCUGAUAGGUGGGCUGCGCUGUUCACCGAUGAUUGCAAUGUCACUUACCCAUUCGGGACGCACGUUGGUACCGAGGGAUUGGCAAAGUGGUGCCUCAAUGCUGAGCUGAGGUUUCAUCGAAUGAUGGCAAGUCAUCUCUCGUCUAACUACACCAUUCUAUUCAACUCCGAGACCGUGGCCCACGGGCGUUCGGCACUAUUUGCUGUCUGUGGAACGCAUCCCGAGGACAUGGGCCAGAUUUUCUCUGAAGGCGGCUACUAUUACUGGAGCUUUCGCAAAGAGCUGGACGGAUGGAAAAUUUCGUACCUGUUCCUUGACGUCAACUGGGUCAGUGGUGACUCAAAAGGUCUGAAUGAGCCUGCUGCCGCGGAGGAGGGUUCCAAGGGGCCAACAGACUGA